AUGAUUGCUGGUAAAAGAUACGAAAGUCCUUAGGUUGAUAUAUGGAGUUCAGGUGUCAUUUUAUUUGCUUUAUUAUGUGGUUAUUUACCUUUUGAAGAUGAAAAUACAUCUUCUUUAUAUAAAAAAAUAUUAAGUGGUGAUUAUUAGAUACCAAAUUUUGUAUCUUAUGAUGCAAAGGAUUUACUUUAGAAAGUUUUAAAUGUAGAUCCUUAAAAAAGAUAUAAAUUCGAAGAAAUAAAAAAUCAUAAAUGGUUUAAUUUACAUAAAAGAGAAUAUAAAAUGUCCCCAGGAAUUAUUAUUGGAUAUAAUUAAAUUCCUAUAGAUUAUGAUAUUGUAGAAGAGUUAGUUUAAUAUUAAAUAGAUAAAGAACAUUUAAUAAAUUCUUUGGAAGCAAAUAAGCAUAAUCAUAUAACUACUUCUUAUUAUUUACUUUUAAAAAAACAUUUCUAUAGUGGAACUCAUUCUAAAGCUGAUAUUAAUUCCUCAAAAUUCGAUAAUUCUAUAAUUGAACCUAAAAAAAAUCCUAAUAAUGGUAAAAUUUUUAUUAUUAUUAUUAUUAUUUUAAUAAUAAUAAGAUUAAAAAUAUUCAAAUAAUUAUCUAAAUAGAUUAAUUAAUGA